CCGAUGCCAGGAGGACGGCAGGAACGGAUGGUCGAGGAUACGAACGCGCAAUCAGCCGAGCCCGACUUCUUCGCGAUAUAAUUCGUGCAAUUAUGUGUCUCACACGAUUCUGUCGUCAUCGCGUUCGCCAGUCGCUAUAACCACGUUCUUGAACUUGCACAACUUGACUUGGCCGCAUCUACGACGAUCAGUUACGAUCUAUCAACGGAGACCAGCGCGUCGAACCGAGAAAACUCGAAGAGCUACGACCCGCGUGAGAGCGUCUAUUUUCCAAUUGUAUCGCGAUUAAUGAGCGAGUUUCGUAGCCAGUUGGCUUCGUGGGAAGAAUUGAAACGAUUGAGGGAGCACCGAGAGAAGAAUGUCAACGGCUCAAAGAAGCGGAUAAUAGAUUUUGUUUACGGUCCUACCGCGGUUAACUCGUGCACGAAGAUGAAGCUACUUACUAUCGUUCCCGCCCUUCUCCCUUGGUUGACAAUCGUCGACUGCGUGUCGACGGCGAGAUUUUGUGGUCCGGACGUGGGAGACGAUUUCCAACGCGCGCACGUCGGCCUGAUUAUCUCGCCCAUAAUGUCGAUGCAAACGAUACGGGAGAUCGAGAUUUAUUGGAAUCACGCCAGGUAUCGACCGGGCGAUACGAUCGCUCUUUACACGGGCGAGCCCACGAACGGCCUCGAGCCAAUUUAUACCCUGAUACCAAACGCGCCGAGCGGCAUCAAGAGGACCGGACUGCAGGCCACGUUCGUUCCCACCUCGAAUCUCACGUUCGUUCAGCAAUGCCUACAUUACCAUGUCGCCUGGCUGAGAAACGGCACGGUAAAACUGACAAAUUGUCUGCGAACGCAGCCUCACUGGAUGACGGAGAGGAGGGCCAUCUUAGGAUCGCUGCCUAUAAGUAGAGUAUUUUUGCCCGGUACGCACGAUUCCGCGUCGUACGCGAUACACGAACGGGCAAACUCCGAGAAUAUCGUCGAGAGAUACGUGAUAACGCAGGAUGUGGACGUGCUCGCGCAACUGAUCUACGGGGUCCGAUAUCUCGACAUCAGAGCCGGACACUAUCCCAACACCAACUCGGUGUGGUGGGCAAAUCACGGAGUAUUCAAGUCCGUUCCCAUGCAGACCGUUAUCAACCAGGUGAAGACCUUCCUCGACAAAACGAACGAGAUCGUGAUAUUUGACAUCCAGGAAUUUCCAGUUGGUUUUGGAAAAAAUCUGGCGGUGCAUCACGACUUUAUUGGAUUCCUUGAGGAACAAUUCGCCGGGUACUACUUGCCGAAGAGUUACGGAUGGACCAGUACGCUGAACACGAUCUGGUCAUCCGGGAAAAGACUUAUCAUCGGUUAUGAUGAGAGACGAGUUGUCAGUCGUUACGAAAGCGUGUGGCCCUGCGUGACUCAUCAAUGGGGAAACGUCAGGACUAUCGAAGACUUGUUCAAUUAUCUAAAUCGCAUCGAAACGGAAAGUCUCGGGCAUCCUAGAUCGAUACCGAGGUCGGCGAUGGCGGAGUUGACGCCCAACACAUGGGACGUAAUCUUAAACCGGCUCGGAAGUAUCCGCCAAAUGGCGGAGAAAGUUAAUAUUAACGUUACGAAUUGGUACAACAGCAAAUGGCAACGCACCGCCAAUAUCGUUGCCGUCGACUUCGUCCGAUCGUCCGGCAUCAUCGAGACCGCUAUCGAGUGGAACGAAAGACGAAAUUCGAAUUGUUAAAAACCUUCCCUGUUCCCCCUAUUCGCACGAGAAUUGAAGAAACGUACAAACCAAAGUUCAUUAAUGCACCAUUAAUCCACAGUAUGCCGAACAGCAAGAGAAUUUUUUUUUAUACAAAUAGUACUUAAUAAUUUUUUAUUUUGCUUUUAUGAGUUUAUCUAUAAUUACGUGUUAUACGAGUAUUAAUAAAUUUUAUAUACAAGGUGGGUCACGCAAUUAGACGAUGUCUAAUAAAAAUGUAAAUAUCUUAUAAGAUGUUUUUCAUUUUUCCAUUAUUUUCGUAGAAAUACAUACAAAAUAUUUUCCUUUAAUUUGUAUGAUUAAAUAAUGUUUCCGCGCUGUACGAAUUUAUCGCAGCGUUUAAAAAAGUCCAUUUCAUUUUAAUUAGCUAAUUUCAGUGUAGUUUACAUCAAGGAGGUGAUUAUAUCAACCCCUCUGUUGCCUUCUCAAGAAAUCCAAGUAAAAACGUAACACAGUUUCGAGCAUUAAUCGCAAAAUACGUAUCUUUUUCGCGUGAUUAUCACAGUUCCGCCGGAUGUGCGAAUAAUGCUCUAGUCAAGGUAACCGAGAGAAACGAAAUUGUCUGUCGCAUAGAGGUGCGCGAUGCAACGAAAUCAGUUCAUCAUCCGGUACAGACGAUGUUGGUCGCGAAUGCGAAACGGACUACGAGAUCUAUCUGCAUUAAUCCGUCGUGUUUCUACACAGAAAACACAAUACAUUCGAAAAAAGAGAUCUGAGAGAACGAUAAUUUUUUUUUAAAGUCGACCUAUCUUGCAUAUUUCUUUCAUGGAAAGGAUCGUUUUAUUGAAUUUCGCUCGACGUUGAUACGAAAACCGCUUAUCUCCGCUUAGACAAAACUAACGAAUUUUUAUCCUCGUCAAGAGUGUGACCAUCUCGUUUGCAUUUAUAUCCUAUACAAAUUUAUAUCUUUAUAAAAAUGUGCUGCCUAUUGCUACUACUUUUACUGCCGAUCGUAACUUCGGAGCUGUGCGAGUACCCUUGGUAUCAUUACGAUACGUGCCAGAAUAAUUCUCUUUCUUGUCCCAGUGAUCAGAAGUGUUCGUUCAUCGAGUACUGCCCGGCGGUUGUAUCCCUAAUGGGUCAAAACGGACUUUCCGCUCACAGGUAACGUGGUCCCUUUUUAUGUCAGACGGACGAGUACAUAAUUUACACACGUAGAUUUUUCGAACGCAGAUUGCGACAAGCCGUGUGCGGGUACGAUCGAACACGCAUAAAAAUUUGCUGCAGCGUCAACAGUUAUACCGAACGGCCGACGUAUCCAGACAGAAGCCUGGAUGCAUAUCCAACGCAACCAUCUUCAAACUUUCAGUGCGGAAAGAGUAUCGUUCGAAACAACGUAGACACUUUAGGAUCGUAUCCUUUUGUCGCAAGAAUCGGUUUUAUAAGCAAGUACCUUUGCACGUAUACAGAAGUGCUUGGUAUCAUAUAGAAAUUGCGUAAUAUACAAGAUGUCUCAGAAAUCGCCAAUUAUAUAUCUGAAUUAUAACAUUGAAGUUAAAAUGCUGCGUCAAAAGUCGUCAGUUUGAACCAAUUGAAAGUUGAUUCC